GCCCACACCAAUGCUGUAAUCCUCCUCACGUCAGUGCUGUAGGGGAAUACCAGCAACUUCAGUUUGACAAGUAGCAGCUUCUACUCAGGUUUCUUGCAACCAGCUGCCGUUUUGAGAGUCUUGUACCUCCCCUUCAUCACAGCUGCAAGGAUUCCCGUCCCUCAAGCUCGACGCAAGUCUACAACGUCUAUCGAGAUAGUGACCUGAAGGGUGUAUCUCUUUCUUGUGAGAUCAAUCAGCAGUGAGCGCGUGCACGAUGGACGAGCCGCAAGCCAAAUUUGCACUUCAUGCUGCUGCAAGGGAGGGGAAAGUGUCUCUGGUGGAGGCUAUUUUAAAGACGGACCCGAAGCUUGCAGCAUGUGUAGACGACGAUGGCCGAAUGCCUAUCCAUUGGGCGGUAUCUGCGAACAAGAUUGACAUUGUUGUGCUGCUUACUCAACUCCGUGGGUUUGACCCUGAUGUGCAGGAUGGUAGCGGCUGGUCACCUGUGAUGAUCGCAGGCAGUCUACUGGACGGCGACGCAGUCAUGGAUGUUUUGCUCUCUCGGGGUGCCGAUAUCAACCUUAAGAAUCUCAACGGACAGAAUGUCCUUCAUUUCAUCGCCUCAAAAAACAACCUCGACUUAGCCAAGCGUCUGCUAGCCUUGAAAACUCCGCUUUCUGCACGAGUGCGCGACAAGAGAGGCCAAUAUGCGAUUCACAGAGCGUCGGCUAUCGGUUCGGUGCCGAUGGUUAACCUGUUGCUUAAGCAUAAAAGUCCAUUGGAUGCCACAGAUAACUUUGGCUACACUGCCCUUCACCAUGCUAUAGCCGAGGGGCAUGGCGAUACAGCUGUCGCCCUGUUGAAAGCUGGGGCAGACGUCAGCAAACGCGACAUGGAAGGGAACCUCGCACUCGAUCUAGCGCCGGACAACGAGGUUCGUUACUACAUUGAGCGUUUUGCUGAAGCUGAAGGGAUCGAGCUUCUAAAGUAAACAUGCCAUGAGUGCAGAGAAGGAAGACGGAAGUGACUGCCGUGAUCAACUGCGUAGUAAAAUUCCACAGCAAUGAAUAGGCCUACGAUGAUUUUCCGAAGAACAAUCACCCUUUUACUGUUCUUUCUACAAGGUCUCGAUACAUGGCCUUGACAUCCUCCACAUCAGCUCGCAGCUCUUCCACAAGUUCGCUCUUCUCGCCAAGCAGCUCAAGCGUGGUCUGGUAUCUCUCGUUGAUAUUCGCCACCUCGUCCUCCAAGUCCGACACCUUCCUGGAUGUCGCUUCUGCAGAUUGUGUUUCCUUCAUGAGAGCAACCAACUCCGCCCGGGCCUCGUCUCUCUGACCCGAUAUUCUAGACAGCUCCUCUCUUGAUGCCAUCUUCUCUCCCUCAAGUCGCCGAAUCGCCGCACUCAUGCGCUCAACAAGCUGGACUGAUGGUCCCGCUCCAACAGUUGAUACUGAUACCAUGUCUUGCAUCAUUUGGCGUGGAGAAGAAGACGCAUCUAACACGUCUGAUAUAUCAUCUCGUUCACCCAGAUGUGACGUUGCCGUUUGCACGCCUUCCCGAGGUGGAUCAAACGAGGCCAUGGACACUGAAGACGAAAGGCCAGCGCUGUUCGGAAGCACAAAAGGCCUUAAAGGGGGCUGGCUUGACAAUCGCCUGCCCGGCGAAAAUGAGUCGUGAAAGCCGUCAGCAACGCUGCCAGGUGUUGAAAUUUUCCGACCCUUGCCGGAUGGCCCCUGUGAAACGAGGAGAUCCGAGCUGAAAGUCCUUACGGGCACAGACAGUAACGGUGAAUCUGGCCGACUCUGUAUCCUCGGCGAUGCGACUGGGACGUCCUCCAGCCAAAGGCGUCGAUCAGGAUGAUCCCAGCGCUCCGCUUUCCAACUGGCUUGUUGUUUUUCGAAAUCUGCCUU